AAAGUAGCACAGUGCAACGUGCCAAACCGACUUCGUCGGUCUGUAAGUCCAUUUUCGAACGCAGUUUACUUGUCAUUCCUAAGUUCGAUCCAAUCCAAACCAGAGGAAGGACUCAAAGAGGAAGAAGAGAUGGAGAACAAAUGGAGUAGACUCGGAUUCGCGAAGAGCACGGAAUCGCCCGUCACCAUAAUGAACGUGUGCGCUAUGCUGAAGCAGAACCUCAAUGCGGCUUACCCCAGACCUCCUGUUUUGCUCGGCCAUGGCGACCCUUCUGCAUUCCCGUGCUUCCGCACGUCUCCGGUCGCCGAGGAAGCCGUUGUCGACGCUCUCAAGUCAGCCAAGUUCAACUCCUAUGCCCCUUCUCUGGGUCUUCUUCAAGCUAGGAGGUCAAUCGCCGAAUACCUUUCGCGUGAUCUGCCCUACAAGUUAUUGCCAGAUGAUGUCUUCGUGACCAGCGGCUGCAAAGACGCCAUCCAAGUCAUGAUCAAUGUCCUUGCUCGAGCUGGCUCAAACGUAUUGCUUCCGAGGCCUGGCUUUCCGCGGUACGAGACUUUUUGUGCUUUUAGUCAGCUCGAAGUCCGCCAUUAUGAGCUUCUUCCAGAGAAAGGCUGGGAGGUGUGUCUUGAUUCGAUCGAAGCCCUCACGGACGAGAAAACCGCUGCUAUUGUUGUAAUAAAUCCGGGCAACCCUUGUGGAAAUGUAUAUAGUCAUCGGCAUCUGAGAGAGAUUGCAGAGACUGCAAAAAAGCUCGGGAUUCUUGUGAUAGCUGAUGAAGUUUAUGGCCAUCUCUGUUUCGGAGACGAUCCUUUUGUGCCGAUGGGCAUUUUUGGAUCUGUUGUGCCUGUGAUUACGCUUGGAUCUAUCUCGAAGAGAUGGGCCGUCCCGGGUUGGCGACUUGGUUGGAUAGCGAUAAAUGAUCCUCUGAAAAUGCUUCAAGAAUCUGCGAUUGUGGAGUGCAUUAAGAUCUGUCUUGAUUGUUCCCCUGAACCUGUUACCUUCAUUCAGGGAGCUAUUCCAAAGAUCCUUCAGGACACAACAGAGCAAUUCUUUUCAAGUACUAACAGCAUUCUAAAGGAAGCUGCGGAGAUAUGUUUCAAUAAAGUUAACGAGAUUCCGUGCAUUGCUUGUCCGCACAAGCCGCAGGGGUCUAUCUUUGUAAUGGUCAAACUAGAUGUUUCACUCCUGGAAGACAUAAAAGAUGAUAUGGAUUUCUGCCUGAAGCUCGCGAAGGAGGAAUCUGUAGUCGUCCUGCCCGGGACCGUGGUGGGGAUGAAAAAUUGGCUUCGCAUAACUUAUGCCGUCGAGCCACUAUGCCUCGAAGACGGCCUCGAAAGGAUAAAAGCUUUCUGCCAUAGGCGUUCCGCGACGCCAUAGCCUGCACCUUUCUCUCAAAAUUGUGCAACUAGUCCUGCUCGUCCGCACCUAUGGGAUCAUCGACUCGCGCAACCAUCGCUGCCAUGUCGUAACUUACUUUAUCAACAAAUAAUUAAGAGCUGAUGUGUAAUAAUGUGUUCUGCUCGACCGGUGAAGUCCUCUAGUUGAACUUUCAUCUUCAAAGUGACACUUGAGGCAGCAUCCAAUCAGGACGCAAUCGGUCAUUAUCUGAUCAGUCUCAACGAGUAACGUAUACUUUGUUCUAAAUUCAUGUUAAGACCCAUCUUAAAAUUCUAGUUAAAACUAUAAGCACCGCCUGGGAUCGUGUUCGGGUUUUUGG